AUGAACGCCGAGCAGCCACUUUUAACUGGUUCGCUAGAUCACGUUGUCUAUGACACUAUUGAAGAAUCUGAGAUCAUAAGCCAUCGCUCCUAUAGAUCAGAAGCUUUAGUCAUCAUAAAAUCGGUGGGACCCUUGUCGGUAAGCUUUUUCCUUCAGCUGAUACUUUCGAUUACAACAAUAUUUGCAGCGGGAAAAUUGGGUCCUCAAGAGCUUGCAGCAGCGACGUUGGCGGUAUGUACCUUCAACAUCAGUGCCAAUGCUGUGUACCAAGGUAUGUCCACGUCGUUGGACUAUUUCUGUUCUCAAGCUUAUGGGGCAGGAAAGCUGUUGAAUGUAGGUAUGUAUUUUCAACGUUGCUCUGCAAUGAUGAUGGUAAUCACCAUUUUCCCACUUGGGUUUAUCUGGUGGUUUUCUGGGUCCAUUUUGAAGUUGAUGAUUCCAGAUAAGGAGUUGGCAAUGAUGGCCCAAACUUAUUUAAGAGUAAUCUCAUUCGGGGCUCCUGGAUUGUUGUUAUUUGAGACGGGUAAAAGAUAUUUACAAGCACAGCAUAUAUUUAAUGCCAGUACAUAUGUCUUGUUUAUUGUAACACCAUUGAACUUUGUGUUCAACUGGUUACUUGUUUGGCACCCAGUCUAUGGAUUAGGUUUCAUUGGAGCUCCUAUAGCUGUGUCGAUCACGUAUUGGUUGACGAGUAUACUCAUGCUAUUAUACGUUGUCUUUGUAGACGGGAAACAAUGCUGGAACGGAAUCAGUAUCUCUAAAUCAUUUUCCAAUUGGAAGCCUAUGCUUGCGUUGGCCCUUCCAGGUGUGGUGAUGGUAGAAGCAGAAUACUUGGCCUUUGAGCUUUUAACGAUAUUUGCUGCAAGAUUUGGUACCAAUUCAUUGGCUGCACAGUCUAUUGCUUCAAGCAUGGGGUCAUUAUUCUUCCAAAUUCCUUUUGCUGCUGCAGUGGUUAUUACCACUAGACUUGGUCACUUUGUGGGUAUGGAAGACAUUCAGGGUGCUAAAAUAGUUACCAGGAUAUCUUAUGUGGUAGCAUUAGGGUUGGCAUUUUUUAACUUUGGUAUUGCAUUCUUCUUUAGAAGACAAUUAGGGGAAUUAUUGACGAAAUCAGAAGAAGUCUUGAAGUACAGUGACCAUAUCUUAAUAUUUUUGGCCAUCAACCAAAUCCCAGAUACAACCAAUGUCUUGUGUGCUGGUGUGCUCAGGGGCCAAGGUAGACAACGAGUGGGAUCGAUGUUAAAUCUCUUCUCUUACUACGUAGUGGCUUUACCAUUGGGAUACUUCUUAGCAUUCCAUGCCAAAUUAGAGCUAUCCGGACUAUGGAUAGGAAUUAUAUCCGGGGUAUCGUGCUUGGCACUUGGGGAAACGUUGUGUAUAUAUUUCAGUGAUUGGAACCUGAUUUUAACAGACUCCAAGAACAACCAUGACCAUUAG